AUGUCAUCGUUAGAGUGUUCGCCGAGAUCUAGCUCUCCGGUCGACUAUCCCUCCACUCCAGCAUCUGAAGCGGACUGGUCUUAUGAUGUCGACGGUAUUAAUGACAUUUUGUUCACGUCGAGGCAGAACCAGUAUGUCCUGAUCACGGGUGGACUGGGAUUUAUCGGCAGCCAUACUUCAGUACAGAUCAUGAAGGAGGGAUACAACGUAAUCAUCGUUGAUGACAACAGCAAUAGCCGCCUAGACGCCCUAGAUGGUAUCCUAACGAUAGCCGACCUGUACUAUGAGAAGCUCACUCACCGAAAAUGCCCCAAGAUUGAGCUACAUUCUAUAAGCUAUCGCAACACACCAGCCAUGAGAGCCAUCUUCGACUCUCACUCUUACACCAGCCCCGGCGGACAGAUCAAGCGGUCUAAUAUCGUCGGCGUUAUUCACUUCGCCGCAUACAAGGCGGUCGAGGAGAGCAUCCGGAAACCGUUGCAAUACUAUCAGAACAACAUCAACGGACUGGUGGACUUUUUGGAAUUACUAGACGAGGUCUCGGUGAAGACUGUGAUAUUUUCUUCGUCGGCAGCUGUCUACGGCUCGCUCGCCGGAUCCUUGAACGGACCACUGCGCGAAGAGAACUGUGUCCAGCAAUGCGAGGAGGGACGAGAACAGGCGCGCUGCGAGGAUUUGCCCCAAUCUGGAUGCAAGUCCAUCACUAACCCCUAUGGCCGCUCCAAGUUCUUCGGCGAAGCUAUCCUCUCCGAUCUGGUACUGUCUGAUCCCUCGUGGAACAUCGUCGCCCUGCGAUACUUUAACCCUGUUGGCUGCGACGCCUCGGGGCUAUUGGGCGAGGCCCCGCGUGGCCUGCCGUCUAACCUGCUCCCCGUGGUAACACAAGUUGUGACGAGCCAGCGCGAACAGGUCAAAAUCUUUGGUGGCGACUGGGACACAAUAGACGGUUCCGCCAUACGCGACUUCAUCCACGUGACAGAUCUCGCACGAGGUCACAUAUCGGCCCUGUCCGCCUGCCGCAGUGGUCGCAUCAGCGGUGGCUAUCGAACAUACAACCUUGGCGUCGGCAAGGGCAAUACAGUCCUCGAGGUGGUACGUGCCAUGGAGGCGGCGUCAGGAUGCACCAUUCCCUACGAGAUUGUGGACAAACGCGCCGGCGACGUCGAGCGUAGCGUGGCAGAUGUUGACCGCAGUCGCACAGAGUUGGGAUGGGAGACCAAGGAGACUCUAGAGAGCGCCUGCCGCGAUAUUUGCAAUCGCUUGCAGACAACGACGCCAGAGCUACUGAGAAGGAAUGCGACAUUUUAA